CCGGCUGGGGUGGCCGGGCCCUGCUCCAGUGCGCAUGCGGCGCUGAAGGGAGGCUGCGGGGAAGCCUUGGCGCCUGCGCAGCUGGAGCGGAGCGGGUCCUUGCGCGCUUGCGCAGUGUGGCUGUGGUGGGGGUGAGAGGAGCUUGGAGGCGCUUGACAUCAGAGCAAAAAGUUCUGACGGGGAGACGAAAUGGCUGACAAGAGGCGGCUGGCAUACUCCAUCAUCCAGUUCCUACAUGACCAGCUACAGAACGGGGGUCUUUCUCCUGAUGCCCAGGAGAGCUUAGAAGUUGCAAUCCAGUGCCUGGAGACUGCUUUUGGAGUAUCCAUGGAAGAUCAAGAUCUGGUUGUGUCUCAAACUCUCCCUGAAAUUUUCGAAGCUGCCACAGGAAAGGAGCCUCAUUAUGUCAGAACAAAUUCUGAGCCAGUCACCCCCUCAGAAGAAGACAUGGCUGAAGCUGAAAGACUUAAGACUGAAGGUAAUGAACAAAUGAAGGCAGAAAACUUUGAAAGUGCUGUGUCUUUCUACGCAAAAGCAAUUGAAUUAAAUCCAUCAAAUGCAGUAUAUUUUUGCAACAGGGCUGCUGCUUACAGCAAAUUAGGAAACUAUGCUGGAGCGGUCAGAGACUGUGAAAGAGCUAUCGGCAUUGAUCCAAACUACAGCAAAGCUUAUGGCAGAAUGGGCUUAGCCCUCUCCAGUUUAAACAAACACGCAGAAGCUGUCAUUUACUACAAAAAAGCCCUGGAGUUGGAUCCAGACAACGAAACGUACAAAUCAAACCUUAAAAUAGCCGAACAGAAAAUGAAAGAAACCCCUAGUCCAACUGGAGGCACUGGAGGAUUUGAUUUAGCUGGAUUGCUGAAUAACCCAGGCUUCAUGAGUAUGGCAUCUAACCUCAUGAACAAUCCACAAGUACAACAGCUAAUGUCUGGGAUGAUUUCAGGUGGCCAGAACCCUAUGGGAGCAGCAGGAGCAAGCCCUUCCCCUAACGACCUUGCCAGCCUUAUCCAAGCAGGUCAACAGUUUGCUCAGCAGAUGCAGCAGCAGAAUCCAGAGCUAAUAGAACAGUUACGAAGUCAGAUUAGGAGUCGGACCCCCAGUGCUAGCAAUGAGGAUCAGCAGGAAUGAGAAUACCAGUGCUACCCGUGGGAAUUCUUCACUAUAAAAAACUGGAAACCAUGUGUGUGUUGCCAUUUCUCCAGUUGGAAAAGAGAGAGGAAAACAAACCAGAAAAGAAAAACUUUAUACGACCUGCAUGUUAAAGACAGAUUCUCAUUUUCUUCCCCUAGUCCCUUUGCCUGCCCCCCAAAUCCCUCUUUUCCCUCUGGAAGAUCCAGCAAGCAGUAAACACAAACCAGCAUCAAUUAUCUUUCUCGAACUCAGAAAACCAACCACAUUGUUACCGGCUACGUUGAGGAUUUGAAUUUAUUUUCAAGGAAACAGCACUCUUCACUGUAAGAAGCCUCCAUCCUCUUGACCAGCUGCUUAAAAGGAGUGAACAGCUCCAUUCCCCUUCUUACAUCUUUUCAUCAUGUUUAAGAGAUGCCAUUGUUUAAAUGCAAUUAACCCGUCACAGCUCACUGAAUCUCCUUGGCCCAACAGCCAGGUGUCAAACAUCGCUUAUGUUCCCUGCAUUUCUUAUUCGAGUGCAUAGCGAUACUGCUGAUGUGGUUUCUACACAGGAGAUUAAGAUGGUGGACAUCUCUAAAGGCAUUUGUGAAUGUAAGUGUAUUUUGGGGGAUGGGUUGCCUGGAGUAAGACCGUUUUCUGUGACUCCUUCAAACUGAGCAUUUUUGAUACACUUUUUUCAGAUCUUUUUUGCCAAUAAUGAGACAAUUUAUCUAGUGUUUUAAAAAAAAAAAAAAUCAUGGUUCUAUCUUUGUCAGCUGUCCUCUCUGCGGUAGUUGGAAGGAGAAGAUUUGACUCCUUUUAGUUCAAGUUUUUAGAAGUUUUUGUUUUUAUUGUCUCUUACGUGUGAGUGGUCACGGAGAUCAGGGCUUCUAUGAUAGAGAUGGGAGUUGCAGAUACCCAUUUCAGAGGGGUUUGAGUUGCUGAAUACAUGGGAAUGUGAGCUGGUGGAAUAAAACUGCUUUUUUGGAUCCAUAAUAUACUGACUGGUCACUAACUGAGCUGUGGAACCGGCAAGGAACUCUUAUGCCUCAGUGUAUUACAGGCAGGAUGGGGAGGGGACCCAUGCAAUUUAUCAGAAUAAAUGUCCUGCAUCUACCAGGACCUCUAGUAUUACCAAAAUGAUUCUGUAGCUCAAAUGCCCAUACUGACUUCAAAAUGUGUAAGUGAUUCCAUUGGAAAUUCCACUAGUCAAGCUCAGAGGAACUUUAUAAAUCUGAGAUUCAAGCUAGAGUAACUCAGCAGGAGGGGAUGUGUGUGAAGUGUCAUAUUGCCAAGUGCAAGAAAACCAUCUAGUUUAAAGCUUGGUAGGUGUAAGAGAUUAAAAAGCCUGGGGGAUGAGUGGGGCGGGAGGGAGGUGUGCAUCCAACUAAAUAGGGUUUUGUUGUUGUUUUGAUACCAUCUGUAAACAACUUUUUUUAAAUACUCUAACUGUGGUCAUUAUAACUUGUGGAGAAUAAAAUACUUUGAUGCGCUUUGUCAUCCCUUUUGACCAAAGGUGACCAAAACAGCGAAGCUGUAAGCCGCAGGGUGUGACUGGCCUGCCCAGUCUCUUCAUAGGAAUAAUUAAUUUGGGCCCCAGUCCUGGGCUAGCUCGCUCAUGAGUGGGCUGCUGCACCUGUAUGGAGUUCUGCUCGCUUCAGUGGGAUCUGCCCAGAUACAGCAAUCCACCCCGGUGCCGACACUUGCAGGAUCGAGACCUUGCUUUCACUGUGCAACAGUUACAACUGGAGAAAACCUACAGGUGGUUUUUCUUUCCCCCUCACUUUGCUGAUUGUUUUGCUCCUUUAUGUGAAACUCUCUCCCGGCAUAUUUCUAAGUAAUUUGGCAAGAGAAACCUGGCAGGAUCUUUUAUAGUUAAAUUGAAAAUUAAUAACAAGGGAGAGAUGCCAGCUAAAAUUCACAGCCUACUUAGAAAUCUAUCUCUCCGUUUGUUACCAGUUCCACCUUAGACUGAUAACAUUUACAUUUUUAAAUAUUCUAAUGUCCUUUUCAUGCAGCUUAUUUACUAUUGUAUGAGACUCAGCUUGGCCAUUGAAAAUAGGCUAGUCAGUUUCACUUCAUUUAUAUGCAGCUUUUAAUCAGUUUCACUCUGGGUGUCCUACAGGGGCAUUGUGCUGCAACCAGGGGAAUGUUGCUACUUUGAAAAUUAACUGGUUCCAUAGCAAUUUUUUAAAAAUUGAUGGAAAUAUAUUUAUUAAAUGUUGCAAUAGCUGAUGAUAACUUAAACUCCUGGAAAAUUUUGGACCUAAAUUCUUCCCUUAAACUAUUGCAGCUUACCAGUCCUUUUUCGAUAUAUAAAGAAGUGUUUUAAAGGGACACUAUCAAUUUAAAAAUCAUACUUCUGUCUCGAGAUUUUUAUCAGUAACACUCAAGAUUACUUGAAAUGAAAGCUCAGUGAAACAAACGAUGUCUUAUUCUUGUUUCAUUUUGUGCAUUUGACAGCAUUGUAUAAAUGUAGCAUUGUUGCUUUC